CUCGUGUCAGACUGCAGCUGUUGUCUACAUAGACUGUAUACUUUCCGACGUUAUGCUUUGCUGCUCUGGAACCAUUGCGGAAUUGCUUUCCGCAGAGAUGCGCCUCAGGUCCCCUGCUCAGGCUCAGUCACGGUUUUGGCGACGACUCAAGCCUGAAUCGCGUCUACCCAGCGGUACACUAGAGCCUAAUGCGUUGCGGGUUCAGCUAGCAUUGUUGUCUCGUCUGUGUGCGCUUUUCUGCUCGACCAGCUUCGCAGCAAGUGUUUACCAGGUCUUACCGGCUCGAAUUUGUGCUCAAGCGUCGACGUCUGCUCUAAGCUCGUCGCCCGAGAGUCGUUCGUACAUACGGUGUCCGAGAUCAGGCCCGCUCGGCGGAAUACACCAUUUGGUGCUGUUCUCCCGUCUACAGGGCCUCGGGUCGCGCAAUCUGUCGUUCUCAAGCCAUAUCCAGCCAUAUCUAUCUGUUCUCCAGCACGCCCCUGCAUGUGGGGUACGGACGUGGAUAACGGCUCGCCGCGACGCCGCCUACACGGGCGCCUGUAGGUGCGUCAACCCUCCUGCCUAAUCGCAGUCGCGGCGAAGACGACCCAUGACCAGAGAUGCAAACUGUCUAUGGCACCGCAUCAUGCGCAGGGCAUCAUUGGGAAUGCAGUGAGAACACCUUUCCCGGACCAAUGCUUAUCACGACGGUACCUGCCAAUCGAACAAUGCUCACGACAUGGAUGCGCAGCAAGCCCAGAUCUCGCUACCUGUCCCACGGAGUGCGCUCUCCACUGAGAGGUGAGUUCAUUAUGGUGUAUCGCGGUCACGUGUACCGUGUGUCGCCAUACCCCCUUCCACUCGCGCUAUACGGCCUGUGCCUUUCGCAUGCGCAGGUGAACAUCAGCUCGACUAUAAAUGAGAACAGCGACAUUCAUGGUCUGCAUCGCCGCCGAUCCUUCAUUUCGAAAUGGCUCCCGUCGCAACCUCUGAC